CUGUACUCACACCUGUCACUCUCCAGAGCUGCUCUCCAAAGCUUUAUCUCCCUGCCUCCGGAACUGUCGUCCGUCUGGGCUACCCUACAACAGCGAGGACAAAACAACUAUAUACAUUUACAUACCACUUUGUUUUAAUACCGCAACUUCCGAUCGCUCUGGCAUCAACCUACGAGGUUUAGAGUCGCUCUGGCAUCAACCUAGGAGGUUAGAGUCAAGUCGGCUUGACCAUCAGCGUCAUUAUCCACCUCAUUUAUACAGACGUUUUGAAGACAUACUUAUUGGUUGUUGCAGUGAAAUAAUGGCACCUUGACCUCGUCCAGUCUAUUCAGUGUUUUGGAGAGAAAACAAAGGCAACGCACGUUUUGUUCGUCACCAGUGUCCCAUCAAUAGAAGAGAGAGAGAGAGAGAGAGAGAGAGAGAGAGGCGAGAUUCAGCGCUGACUUGGUGGAUGUGUUAAAGCAUGAAUAACCUGGGACCUCCGAUGAGGCAAGCCAAUGGGGUGGCCAGAUCUGACAGCAAGAUGGGCGCCAAGGCUCUAUACGAGCAACGGAAGAAAUACUCCAAUGUUAUAAUGCAGGAGACGUCUCAGUAUCAUGUGGAGCACCUGUCCACCUUCAUGAUGGACAAGACAGAGUCCAUUGCUACAGUGGACGAUGCCAUUAAGAAGCUGGUGCUGCUGGACUCUAAAGAGAAGAUCUGGACCCAGGAGAUGUUGCUUCAGGUCAACGACAAGGCUGUACGGCUACUGGAUGUUGAUACACAGGAAGAGUUGGAGAACUUCCCCCUGCCUACGAUCCACCACUGCCAGACAGUGUUGAAUCAGACCAGGUAUCCAUCUGUCCUACUGCUGGUGUGUCAAGACACUGAACAGCACAGACCUGACAUACACUUCUUCCACUGUGACGAGGUUGAGGCAGAGAUGGUCUAUGCAGACAUCGACAGUGCCCUGGGUGACAACAAACAUGGGAAGAAGAUGCGACCACAGACCUUGAAGGUGAACCAGGAGAAGAUGAAGCGCCACAGAGAGACUAUCAUCCCCCUCCUCAAUGUGGAAAGACGAGGCUCCGCACAGCAGGACCCAGAGUCCCAUGAAAAGCUGGCCCAGCGUAUUGAGAAGGACGUGCAAAUCCUGAACUGUUCCCUGGAUGACAUUGAGGUCUUUGUGGCUCGGCUGCAGAAGGCUGCGGAGGCGUUCUCUCAGCUCAACCAGCGCAACAAGAGUAAGAAGAGUAAGAAGAAAGGCCCAGCAGACGGCAUGCUGACCCUGAGAGCGAAGCCCCCCUCCGAGGCAGAGUUCAUUGAUAGCCUACAGAAACUGAAGCUGGCCUUCAACCUGCUGGCCAAACUGAAGAAGCACAUCCAGAACCCCAGUGCUUCUGAGCUGGUGCACUUCCUGUUUGGCCCCCUGGAGUUGGUUCUCCAGUCCUGUGGUAGUCCAGAGCUACCCCGCUCGGUGGUCUCCCCUCACCUGUCGAGAGAUGCAGUAGACUUCCUGAGAGGUCACCUGUCGCCUAAAGAGAUGACCAUCUUUGAACUGCUGGGAGACGGGUGGACACGACCUAGAGCGGACUGGCCGCGGGACCAGUGUGCUCCUACAUACUUCCCUAAAUUCAGGAAUGGGUGGGAGCCCCCAGCUGAGCUGUUCAGGACCUCCCCGUGGGAGACAGAGGGAUCAGGGGAACCUCCCAGGUCCCCCAUAUCCAACCUCCUGUCCUACAAGUCAGAUGAGAUUUUUGGAACCCAGUCUUUAAACUCAUCGAAUGGGUCCAACAAUGGGCUGACCUCCUCGUCCCGUAAAUAUGCCAAGAUCCGCUACCACUUUGUGGCCCGCAAUGCCAACGAACUGUCAGUACUGCAGGACGAGGUGCUGGAGGUGAUAGAGGACGAUAAACAGUGGUGGAAACUGAGGAACAGGAGUGGCCAAUCAGGAUACGUCCCCUACAACAUCCUGGAUGUGGUCAAACUAGAGGAACCACACGGCAUGGCUGAACCUCUCUAUAGCCAGCCCUACAGCCCUACCUCUCCCUCCAGCUCUCUAGGUAGAGGGGAGAGCUUUGACAUGGGCCGCUUCAAAGAAUCUCGGACACACCAGAUGGAUGAGGUGAAUGAUGAGUUGUUGAAGAGGAUCACUACUAAUAAGUCCAAUCCUCCGGGCCGUAACUUCAGGGUAGAGCGCCCCUCAGACAGCAGCUCCUCUCCUCCUCUCACCUUAGACUCCAGCCCACCGCAGGUCACCACCUGGCUCAAUGCCAAGGGAUUCUCUAAACCGACGGUGGAGUGCCUGGGGAACCUGACGGGCGCUCAGCUCUUCUCUCUGAACAAGGAGGAACUGAAGGCAGUGUGUGGAGACGAGGGAGCCAGGGUCUACAGCCAGACCACCGUGCAGAAAGCCCAGCUAGAGAAGAACAAUGGGAAUUCAGAGCUCCAAGAGAUUAUGAGACGACGACAAGAGAAGAUCGAUGCCGGCAAGGACUAAUCUGAGCAUGCUCAAUGACUGUCAACCAAUCACAGCUCAGCAUGGCUGGUCACCAUAACAACCCUCUCCAGUAGCAACCAACCAGAAGCCUUCCCCUCCCACAGUGCCCACCCUUUCACCAACUUCUUUUUAUCAGACAAUCGACAGUUAACAUUGGCAUAUAAUAUAAAUGUUAUAUACAUUUUUUUAAUUAUAUAUUUAUUUUUCAUCUUAGUGAAUGUGUAUGUUUACCUUUUUCUUCAAUGAUGUUCUCCGGUAAUUAUGACUAUUGA